AUGGGAGACUUCAACGCAAAACUUGGGAAACGACCACCCAGUGACUGCCACUCCGUAUCCUAUGCUGGUUCACACUCAAGGGGCCAUCGCAACUACAGCGGCCAGACUUUGGCUGAUUUCGCGUCCAGCAAUUACCUAUUUGCCUGUAACACGGCGUUUCAGCACCGUGCAGAACAUAUCACCACAUGGACAGGCUGGCGCCACAACCCUAGUGGAGGUCCACCUUUACCCAUUUACAACCAAAUAGAUUAUAUCCUUUGCCGUCACAGUGAAAGGUUUGUGGUGACGGAUGCCAGAUCAUACGCCGGGACAAGCUUAGAAAGCGAUCACCGUCUUGUGCUGGCAAACCUCAACCUGACUAAGUUGUACAAAAAGCUCAAGAGGCCGCCAGUAGCCAUAUCCAGCAACGCAAAAUUCAAUAUAUCGGAAUUUAGUGACCCGACCAAGAAAGCAAAGUACAGAGAGGCUAUCAACGAACAUCUACAGGACCUCGGCAGAGAGCAGGAAGGUGUCAAUGCGGAGCAACAUCUGCAGUAUAUUGUGAAUGCUAUGAGUGAGGCAGCAAACACAUCGGUGGGCCGCGUCCCUAAAACAAACAAGACGCAUAGAAAUGGCUUCAGCGGGGAAAUUGAAAAGCUAGCAGCAGAGAAACGCAAACUGCGUCUCGACAUUACGGUGUGCAGAGAUGGAACGAAGGUAAAAGAAAUGAAGACGCGACGCAACAGGCUGGCACACCAAAUUCGCCGGGAAUGCCUCAAGUUAGCAUCGACUCGACUGGACGAACGUGUAGCUGAAAUAGACCAAAUGAAAGACGACGCGAAAAUGUUCAAAGCAACACGACUACUGCGCCGACAGCAGCAGUCACCAGUUGUGGUUGAAGACUCUGAUGGCAAACUCAUUGCACAACCUAGUGAAUCAGUCGAAGCAUUAAGGCAACACUUCCGUGCUAUAUUCUGUGAUCCUGCUCUGGAGUCAUCUAGGCUCUUACGGACAGAGGAAGACCUUAAAAACCCUAUAAAGCAGCCAGAGGUACAUGCCGCAGCUAAGCACUUGAAUAAUGGCCGAGCUUCGGGACCAGAUGGGAUACCUGCUGAGCUUAUCAAAUAUGGAACACCAGCACUGUUCUCGAACAUUGCCACUACAUUCAACAAUUAUGCCAAAGACAAAUCACUCAAGCUAGGCGAUGGGCUACUGAUCCCGAUACCAAAGCCGGGAAAGAAAAGAGGUCCUCCUGGAAAUGUAAGACUAGCUACCCUGUUGAACACCCUACGUAAACUUCUUUCAUUGGUCAUCCUGACGCGGGUCCAGCCAGCUAUCAAUGGGUACUUGUCACUGAACCAGAGCGGGUUCCAGUCAGGGAGAAGUACUGGAGACGUGGUAUAUAGCUAUCGGUGGUUAUCAGCAAGAUGCCAGCGUGUUGCGUCGGAGAUCUCAAUCUUAGGCAUUGAUAUGUCAAAGGCAUUUGACACUAUAUCAAGGGUCAGGCUGAUCGAUAUACUGUCAACAGUCAUUGAUCAUGAUGAGCUGCACAUCAUCCAGUGCCUUCUGACAGACACCACAAUAAAAGUAAAGCUGAAUAACAUUCUCAGCCAACCAUUAGUCACACAUAAUGGAACCCCACAAGGCGAUUCUCUAUCGCCAGUCCUGCUUACUGUCUACCUCGAGGCUGCAUUGAGGUUGAUUCGAGAGCGACUCUCACCGCGACCAGCAUUGGAUAUUCAGCUUCAAUUGCCCAAUGAAACAGCGUAUGCGGAUGACCUCGCCCAGGAUCGUCGAAAGUGGAAGGAACUAAUGUGUGCUGUGAGUAAUGGCUGA